CUCUUAAAGCCACUGGUGAACAGGGAGCGCGUUUGCGGCAGGAGCAGCGGCAGCCUGGGGAUCCUUAUCUGCAGUCACCUAUCCCUGUCAGUCAGACACACACAUACACAAAGUGUCAGCCCGGAACCAUUCAUUCAUUGCAACCCCAUUUUCUUCUCCUCUGGUACAUUUUUGAUUUAAUGAAGACAGCAGCUUGAAAGCGCAAUUUAAAGAACAGCUGUACAACAAUUUAUUGAAGGUUUGUGCACAACAGUUCCUGGAUCACCACACCUCUUGAUCAUUAUAUUCCCCUUUGGACUUUAUUUUAGUGUGAGGUGGGCUGCAAGGAAAUUUAAUCCUCCUUGGAAACGUCGCCCGGCUGCAUAUAUUUGUUUAUAGAUGAACAGUGCAAAAGAUCCGUUGACUUUGGACCACCUUAGAAACAGCAGCAGCGGCAAUAAAUUGGUGCGGGAACAAACUGCAUUAGCUAUGGCUUCGGGUUUGCAACCGGUACGAACGAGCGAGCCGAAGCACCGGCUCGAGAUUCACACUUUAUCGGACACCUCCAGCCCUGACGUAGGAGAAAAAGAAAAAAAUCAGCAAAGUAAAAAUGAUGACACAAAUACAGACGAUCCCUCAAAGAAAAAGAGACAAAGGCGCCAGAGAACUCAUUUCACCAGCCAGCAGCUACAAGAACUGGAGGCAACUUUCCAGAGAAAUCGCUACCCAGACAUGUCUACGAGAGAAGAGAUUGCAGUUUGGACCAAUUUAACUGAAGCUAGAGUACGGGUUUGGUUUAAAAACCGCAGGGCCAAGUGGAGGAAGAGGGAACGCAACCAACAAGCGGAACUUUGCAAGAGCGGCUUUGGUCCUCAGUUCAAUGGCCUGAUGCAACCCUACGAUGAUAUGUACACUGGCUACUCCUACAACAACUGGGCCGCCAAGGGCUUGACAUCGGCUUCGCUCUCCACCAAGAGCUUUCCGUUCUUCAACUCAAUGAACGUGAACCCUCUCUCCUCUCAGGCCAUGUUCUCCUCUCCCAAUUCCAUCUCCUCCAUGAGCAUGUCAUCUAGCAUGGUCCCUUCUGCAGUGACCGGGGUCCCAGGCUCUGGCCUCAACAGUCUCAAUAACUUGAACAACCUAAGCAACCCGUCCCUGAACUCCGCCGUCCCAUCAGCAACCUGCCCCUAUGCUCCGCCAACCCCACCCUACGUCUAUAGAGACACUUGCAAUUCCAGCUUGGCCAGCCUUAGACUCAAAGCCAAGCAGCAUUCAAGUUUCGGAUACGCCAGUGUUCAGAACCCAGCGUCUAAUUUGAGCGCCUGCCAGUAUGCCGUAGACAGGCCUGUGUGAGGAAUCAAAUGAAACUUCUCAGACUGAUGAACUCCAAGAAAUAAUUUAAAAUAUAAUGGGCACUACCGACGAAACCACUAAACCUGUGUAGCUAAACCCCACAGAGCCGCCUUUCCCAUUUAAGGGAAACGCGCAAGUAUUAUUUCCUCCCUUGACACCCUGUUUGCAAAUAUUUUUCAUCAGAUAAAGGGACGCUUGGCCGUUAAAAAUAUUCUCGACUAUUUGACUGGAUAUCACCUUUAUUAAUACACUAUAUAAGCUUGUUUUUUUUAAGUUCAGCAUUGUGAUAAUAAAAAGGAAACGUUUGGGGGAACGGAUGUGUAUAUAUCGAAAUGUCAAAUUAAUUUUAUAAAAGCAAUUGUUAGUAAUAUCACGCCAGUGUUUUUGAAGUUACAUAAAAAAAAGCAUGUCACGCGGAAGCUUGAAGGAUUUUUCCGCUUAAAAGCGAGGGAAUGUAUAUACUAACUGCAACCCUUGUAUGUUUCUAACACUGUCUAUUAUUAAUUAAUAUUAUUAUUAAAAGUCUGUGUGGAUAUCAGUUUUGAAUCUAGUAGCUCUGGUUGUAAGAUUCAGUGAUGUUCCGAAAAAAUGCAAUCAUGUACGACUUAUCCUGUGUAUACAAUGGGAAACAGCAUUUAAGUGUUUCUUUUGCAUCUAAAAAGAAAUGAAGCGUUGUGCUCAUCCAAAAACGAAAAAAUAUACCGUAAAACCAUUUUGUCUAAAUGGAUUGUUUUUAUGUUGACGUGUUUAAUCCAUGUUAAGUACAACUUUGGGGGGAAGGGUAUGGUGUAUCGGACACACAAACAAUGUUGUCUUUAACUAGCCUCCACUCUACGCUGUCACGGAAAUCGGAUCAUGAGUUAACAUUGUAACACACUCAUCACUAACACCAGUCCAUGUAGCUCAUUGCCAACGCUGGGGUGUUAGUGCCGACGACUGCAAGCAAUGUGCUGAAUUCACGGAGCCCCCAUAUUGUUUCAAAAAAGCAACCAACUUAUAGAGUCAAAGGUUUAUGGGAUUUUUAACUUUGUCCACCCAGUCCAAGACCGGUACUUUCAAAUCAUAACUUUAAGUAAAGUCGAAUGAUCAAUGUGCUGUCAAGGAAUAUUUUAGGAAUUAAUGCAUUAAUGACCAAAUGAAAUAAAUGGAUACAUUCCAAAAUAUCGCUGACAUAAAAUUAUAAUGAUGAUCAGCGCAAUGAAGUUAGUUCGAUGAAAGAUUGUGAAGAUAUUACUGAAAUUUACAUUCGGUCUAAACCAGAAUAAUUGCUGCCCUAAAAUCUUUUGUUUUGUCCAUAAUCAACAAUCGAGAUUGUGUUUCUUUUUGUUUUGUAAUACAUUUUGAGCAGAAUGCAUUUCUCAGAAUCACGGGUUCAAAGGUCAGAUUACAUUUUCGACGACUUUAUUAGGCUUAUUAAAGGUCAGACAGUUUGUGUUUGGUUAUUAAUAAUGUUGAUCUAGCAUCCUCAUGUGCGAGGCCUGUUUGCACAUUAAAUCAUACAGGAUUAUGUCGUGUAGAGUCUAUAAUGAGAGAGCAAAUGAAGAUAAAUUAUACAGUAGUAUGCCCAUGACAUGAUUUGAUUCGGAUGGGGGUGCGCUGUGUGAAACAUGAAAAGACAAUGCAUGUUUUUGUUAAAUAAAAGAACAGGCAUAAAGAGCGACA